CAAAACAAAUUUGUAAAUAAAUUGACAUUUGAUCUUAAAAUAAAUCUAAAAAGACUAGAAUGACGCAAGAUUUUUGCAGUGUUGUAGAAGAAACGAAUUGUUCAUAAACUAGCAAGGGAUGAACGAAAUCGUCUAUGAUGUUCUUGUUAUCGGCGGAGGGUUAUCGGGAUUGACUGCGGCUUAUCGAUUGCUCCAACAUAAUCGAUCAUUGAAAGUGUUAGUCCUCGAAGCAAAAGACAGGAUUGGUGGCCGCACCCUGUCAGCAAAACUCAAGUGUGAAAAUGGCAAGGAUAUGUGGGAUCUUGGUGGGCAAUGGGUUGGAAGCCCACAGGUUCAUGUUAUGAAACUUAUUGAGGAACUGGGACUUGAGGUUCACAACCAGUUCAACAAGGGUGCAAAGUUUGCCAGAUUGAGUGAUGGGAAAAUCCGCAAGUACUCAUCGGCUUUACCAAUGGUAUCACCAUUUUCCCUCCUGGAUAUUUACUUUUUUAUCAAUAAGGCAGACAAAUUAUCACAAGAAACGCUGUUAAAUUCAAACCUUUCAAAACGUCUGGACAGUCAAACGCUGGAAAAUUUUAAACAAAAUCAUUGUUGGACCGAAGGAGCGAAAGAGUUAUUCGACUCUGCCUGUGGUGUAAUUUUCGGGGCUCAUCCAUCCCAGAUAUCGUUGCUUUUCUUCCUGCACUAUUGUCAGUGUGCUGGUGGCGUAGAACCGAUCUUGGAAAGCGGCAAAGGUUCCGGCCAGGAGUGGAGAAUAAAGGGAGGUGCACAGACGAUUUCUCACAAACUAUUGGAAAUGAUAGGUGAUGAAAACGUUUGGCUUGAAGAGCCUGUCACCGAAAUAUCACAGGAAAACGAUAAUGAAACGAUAGAUGUGGUGACAAGAACUGGGAAGAAAAUCACAAGCAAAUACGUUGUAAUGGCGAUACCACCUCAUCAAGCAUUGAAUAUCAGUUUCACACCGAAUUUACCCUUCGACAAGGAGCAUCUAUUACGUCAUAUGCCCGUUGGUCACCUGAUCAAGUUCGUCGUCACUUAUCCGAAGACUUUUUGGCGGGAAAACGGCCUGUCCGGAGAGAUCGUAUCAUUUGACGAUUUCAAGUUUUCCGAUAAAAACGUUAACGGGAACAGCGAAUCAACAAAUGAAUUUGACGAUAUUUCGUUCGUGGGCGAAGCUCCGGUCAGCAUUGUAUACGAUGCAACCUCGGCCAAUGGGAACGCGGCAUUAGUCGGGUUCAUUUCCGGUGUCGCGGCGGCGCGAUGGACUCAUAAAAAGGAAGACGAGCAAAUAAAAGGAAUAAUCAAGUUUUUAACGAAUUUCUUUGGAAAAGAAGCGGAAAACUACUUAGACUUUGGUAUCAAGGACUGGUCUAAAGAGGCUUGGAAUGGCGGGUGUCCAGUGAAUUAUACAACCCCAGGAACUUUAUCCAUUUAUGGAGACUGCUUGAAAAAUCCAUUUGGAAGGAUCCAUUGGGCAGGAACGGAAACAGCAACGCUUUGGUCCGGUUUCAUGAACGGUGCUGUACAAUCUGGUACACGAGCUGCUAACGAAGUACUCACGAAAAUUGAUCCCAAGUUUAUCCCUGUCUAUCAAGACAACGAACAGCCGCGACAAAAUAUUGCCCGAAAAUCCGGAAAUAAUUUCUUGAAAUUUGGUAUUUUAACAGCAGUUUCUCUGAUUGCAAUAUUUAUAGCAAUGGUAUGGUUUUAAAAAAGAACUUCUAGAUACAACAAACAAUUUCGCGCAAUUCUCUAAAUUUUACCGCAAUAUAAUAAACGACGCAUGCGCAUGUGUUAAAUAAUUGGUUCCCAGAACCUGAGUUUGAUGAACUCUAUAGACACUGGAACUUUAACUGACGGUUAUUUGGUCGCCAUCAUUGAAGCCAAUUUGAAGACGAAUUGGGUACCAGGGAUCGUCAAAAAGGGAUCGUGAGUGCAAAAACGAUAAUAAUGGACUGGCACUGGUAAUUCAAUUUGGAUUUAAUUUUGGUGACCAAGUUAUCGUUCCAGUUUACAUAGAGUUCACUGCAUGAGCUCUAUUAUAGUUUUAUAGGAAAUUUUUAUACUAAAUAUUCUAAUUUAUGAUAGGGAUUAUUUAAAUUUAUAACAAUUCGGAGGGAAAAAACGUAAAGAGUAAAUUAGUUGUUAAAGAGAAAUAGCAAUGAAAGUUUUUUGUUUCU